AUGAAUCAGAUUUGCGACUUUGUGAACGAGUACAUACUCCGUAGCGUCGCGUCGUCGAAUAUUCCAUCGACAUCGAGAAACGAGCCUCACGCAAAACGUAGACAUACUGAGACGAUGACUUUACGGCCACGAAAGCGACAGGAGACACAUAUAACACGUACGUUUCUUCAUUCUAUUAACGAUACCAUACCUCGAACGACAGGCGUUAUCGAGAUAACCAUUCGAUCACUAGACAAUAAAUAUAGACGAAACCUUUCGCUACUCAUUGUCCCUAAGAUAACCGAUCAGGUGCUCAGCGAAAUCUUUCCACGAGAACUCGUUAAAAUUCCGUUCGGUCGAAAACUGGCAGAUCCCCAGUUCCAUUUGCCACGACCGGUUGACAUCUUGAUAGGUUCCGGAGCAACGCUCGCACUCAUGUCAAUAGGGCAAUUUUCUUUGUCACAAGGACGUGGUGAUUUAAUACUACAGAAAACGCGAUUAGGUUGGGUGGUCGCCGGUGGAAUUGAAUCUGACGGUCAUACAGGAAACCAUGCAUUCUUGGCGACGACCGAAUCAAGGGAACAAUUAGAAAAAUUUUGGUUAUUAGAAGACGAGAAUAUAACGCGAUCGAAAUCGGUACACGAAACAGCAUGCGAAAAUCAUUAUAUCCAAAAUACCAAGCGCGACGAAUCGGGACGAUAUAUUGUGCGUCUAUCCUUCCGCGAAGAGGGACACGAUUACAGUCACCUACACAGUAUAGCCCUACGUCGGUUCCAUAAUCUCUGGAAGAAGUUACACGCGAACACCGAACUCCGCAUGGAAUAUGAACGGAUUAUGCAGGAAUACAUCGAUUUAGGACACAUGUCGAUCGUCGAAGACGAACCCAUAAGAGGUUGCUAUCUUCCCUACCACGCGGUCAUUAGAUCAGCCAGCAUGACAACAAAAGUACGGGUCGUAUUCGAUGCCUCCGCGAAAAAUGAUAAGAGACUUUCUCUCAACGACACCUUAUUAGUCGGACCCACAAUCCAAGACACUUUAGUAAAACAUUUGUUACGAUUCUGA